UCGAUCGAUCUUCAUCUUUAUUUUUGAAUUACCUGCAAAUUUGCUUAUAUCUAAUACGUGCGAACCCUGCCCAAUUUCAAUAUCGUUUCCUUUUUUUAUCUUUCAAGACGACGAAAUAUGUCGAUGCCUUUAUCAAGAUUUGUAGAUAUUUCCAUGAUGUCCAAAAACCCAUCUGUAUAUUCAACAUCUCAAACAUUUAAUCCAACUUCUAAUACAUCAUUCUUAAAGAACAUGGAUCUUUCAUCACACAGUUUUCAUGGUUCCACUAGCAGAAGCAUGCAGUACAAUAUGCCAGAACGAUGGAAGAACUUCGUCGUACCCAACAAUAUCACUCCUCCUGAACCCCCUCUCCCAUCUGGAUCACCUUCUGGUUCUUUGAGAAAUUGGGUUCUGGGAUUGGCUUUAACAUUUAUUUUACCUUUUUUCACCCAUAAAUGGGGGCCAUUCAUUCUACUAAAAGAUAAAGUCGAAAAAGUGAUGGAGACGACGGAGCAUGUAAUGGAAGCUAUUGAAGUUGUGGCUAAGAGGACUGAUGAGAUACUGGAUGAGAUUACGGGCGAUCUUCCUGAGGAUAACAAACUCAGAAAAACCUUGGAAGCCAUUGAUGAGAAGGUGGAAGGAGUAACCGAAACUGCUCAUCUCGCCAAUCAAAUCAUCGACAACGUGGAAGAAAUGAAAGAGAAAUUGGAGACGUUGAUUGUUGAUGAAGCCAAGGAGCAGGAGGCGGCUUCAAAAAGAGUUAGGCAAGCGCAGGAGGAGAAGCUUCCUACCCAAGAAACAAGUGGCUAGAAAAUUUAGUUAAAAAUAUUAAAUUUAGAGAUUAAGGGUGUUUUAGUUAAUAAUUUUGGUCAACUGUUUAUGGUUUGACCUUAUUUUUUUCAGAAAAAUCAUUUAGAAGUAGCUUAUGAACUUUAUCUCUUGGGAAUGCAAUUAGUGUACCCUCUUAAUUGGUGCGGUUGCUCUUAUACUUUUAUUCUUCUCGAUAUGGCCGUUAAUUCUCAUUAAUAAUGUAUGGAA